AUGUUAUCUACUACACAGUCAGUCACAGAACAGACUGAAGUCACGCUGAAAAAAGUAGAAGACGUUGAAAUAGAGAAUGACGAAGAAACUCCAUAUACAAUAUUCACCUCAUACGACCGAUUAGUAUUAAUAAUAAUUCUUUCAUUAAUUGGGUUCUGGAGCACGAUAUCAAGUCCAAUUUAUUUCCCAGCAUUACCUACACUAACAUCAUAUUUCCACACAACCUCAUCAAUCAUGAAUAUAUCUGUUGUGGCUUAUUUAAUUUUCCAAGGGAUUGCUCCAACAAUCUCUUCUAAUCUAGCAGACACAUUUGGAAGAAGACCAGUGAUACUAGCGAGUAUAUUGGUAUUUUGUGCCUCUUGUGUGGCCCUCUCACAAACAAAUGUUUAUUGGUUACUAGCGGUAUUACGUUGCCUCCAAGCAGCAGGGAUAGCUGCAGUAAUUUCUAUAAGUUCAGGGGUAGCAGGUGAUGUAUGCACAAGAGCUAAUCGUGGUAGUAUGGUAGGAGCAGUUUCUGGUUUACAAUUAGUUGGUAAUGGAAUUGGUGGCUUAGUAGGUGCCGGCUUGAUCAGUUCGUUUAAUAGUUGGAGAUCAAUAUUUAUAUUUUUAACUAUUGGAGGUGGAGCUACAUUUAUACUUGCAAUUUUCGUAUUACCAGAGACCUCAAGAAAACUAGUGGGAAAUGGAUCAGUUGUUCCUAAAAACGUUUUAAACAAAUCGCCGUAUAUUUAUCUUCCACGUUUUAGGAAAAGAAUGAAUAAUGAUAUAACUACAAUAGUCCCAGCAACUGGAUUUGAUUUGUUAGGUCCAAUGAAAAUUUUUUUCCGAAAGAAUGUCUUUUGCACACUUUUACCAGUGGGGAUACAUUUUGCAGCAUGGACUAUGGUUUUGACUUCGUUGUCGACAGAAUUAGAGUCUAGAUACCAUUACAGCGUUAUGCAUGUAGGUUUGAUUUAUCUUCCUCAAGGUAUUGCUUGUAUCGUUGGAUCUUUGGUAGUGGGGAAAUCUAUGGAUUGGUAUUACCGAUACAGAAAGACAAUAUAUGAUAAACAAGUUGAAAGUUUACCAUUAGACGAAAGACCACAAUUCAAUAUUGUGGCUACUAGGCUAACUCUAGGUGUUGUUCCUGCCUUGCUAAUGAUCAUUGGAUUGGUAAUAUUUGGUUGGUGCAUUCAAUUUAAACGACAUAUAAUAUCAAUUAUAAUAUCUACUAUCCUAGUAUCGUUUUCUGCAUCGGUUUUUAUUGGUAUUUGCACAACCAUGUUGGUCGAUUUAUAUCCUAAUAACGGAAGUGGAUCUACCAGUUGUCUUAAUUUGAUGAGAUGUUGGUUAGCAGCAUUAGGGGCAGGGGUUUUAGACAGUAUGAUAAAGGCAAUGAAUGUCGGGGGGACAUACACAGUGAUUGCCGGGUUUUGCAUUCUAUUUGAUCUAGCAUUGAUUUAUGUUUUACAUAAUGCUAAUAAAAAGUUUAGCAAUAAUGGGACCACCACCAUGUCCACAACCAAACAAUAG